ACUGCUUUUCUUCCCAACUAAGGAGAGAAAACGGAAGGAAACUCAUUUGAUCAUUCCAUUUCAUCAUUCCAAACACACCUAUGAAAAUUAAAUUUCACUUCUAUUUCUUUUCUUUUUAUUUCUUUUCACUCAAUUUCUCUCCUUCCUAUUUCUUUCCACUCCCAAACAAAGCAUUAAUGCUCGUGAAGUUUCACCCUUUGUGUUUGAACGAUGUAAAUGCACUUGCCUCAAUUUCAACCUCAAUUCUACCUGAAAACAACAACUUUGUCCGUAUUCUCCAUAUCCCCAAUUCCACAAAACAUGUCAUAGAACACCAACACACUCCACCAAAGAGCCUGAAUUUGGAACAGGAUUUGGGGAUUCUAAAGAAAAGGGUUAAUAGGUCUGUUGUUUUGCAGCAUAACAAGGUGCACAUCAGGUGUUUGACGAAAUGGGUAUGUUACGGUGGACACAUUCCUUCUAUUCUUCGGGCUCUGAGUACUAUUCAGGACUUGGAUGAGGCUCUCAUGCCAUGGCAAGAGGCCUUGACCUGCAAGAAAAUUAGUAUUAUUUUGAAGGAACAGGUUUCAUGGGAGAGGGCUCUUCAGAUUUUUGAGUGGCUUGAGAAAAAGGGUUGUUAUGAAUUGAAUGUGAUUCAUUAUACCAUUAUUUUCGGGGUCCUAGGCUAGGCGCAAAAGUGGUGCCUUGUGGAGAAUUUGUGGGAUGAGAUGAAUGCAAGAGGGGUUGAACCUGUGAAUUCCACAUAUGUAACUUUGAUUGAUGUUUAUGGUAAAGGUGGACAGAGAAAAGACAAAGCACUUGAUUGGCUUGAGAAGAUGCGAAGUCAAGGAAUGGAACCUAAUGAGAUCACAAUGGGGAUUGUUGUUCAGUUGCACAAGAGGAAUGGAGAGUAUCAGAAAGCUCACAGACUUUUUUAGUAAAUGGUACUCAACAGGUGAACCUCUGAGACUUAUAUUUGAAGCGCAAGGACUAAUUUGUCCAUUAAAAAUUUGUUCUUCAUCCACAUCAACAACUAAAAUGGACACCGGACACUCCAUUCUUCCAGCUCAGCAUGUUCCGUUGUUUUGAACCCCAGCUCAACGGACGGGUAUAAUUGUCACGUGUUUUAUAAGCAAUAUCAUCGUUCGUUCUCAAUGCUGAUCUACGCAAGAUUGUUGAAGGUUGGAGUUAGAUUACAGCAGGAACAACCACCAAAAGUUAUGUUAUCCAUCAUAUUUUUGUGGAUUGUCUUUAAUAAACAUACUAUACAAAUUUAUCAAAAGAUCUAAGAUGCUGGUUAACAGGAAUAAGUAGAGUAGCACAAGCUGAAGCCAAAGUGAAACUCCUUUGCCUUACAUUGUGAAGAUCCACAGCUUCGAACACAAGUUUCAAUUUGAACACACAAGUUGUAUUUACAACGAAUCUCUUAGUUUGAAUGCAACCAAACCACUUGUCAAAUUCAAGCAUUUACAAUUUGAACUUCCUUAACUAAUUGAAUCACUUUGCAUCCAAAUUAAUUUUGGUUUUCUUCUCGAGUAUGAACUUCUGCAGCAUCUCCGCGCAAUCAGGUGACAAGUCUACGGCGGAUCCCCUAGGGCAUGGACUCAAUUCAUCCAAAGCUUGUAGAACCAAUCAGAGGCGGCGCGGAACAAAGAAGCCGCACUUGUCGAUGGUUCGGAGAAUGCAUUCCACUCUCUCACAGUAAUUGAGAUUGAUGUAGUUACAGAGCAACAAUUCUUCUCAGCCUAAUGACUGGUGCUUGGUCAGCACUAAUCUUGCAGUGGAAGACCUUGAUUCUGCCAUGGAAAGACUUAGCUUGUCCAUGUCUCAAGAAAACUCAGCAGCAGCAAGUAGUCUUGACCCUCAUGAAUAUAUUUUGACUCACUCCACAUUGGAGGAAGCUUCUUCUGAGCAUGGGAAUCGGAAUGUUAUGAAUAACUAUAAUAAUGGGGCCAUUGUUCAAGGUGCUCUUCUUACUUCAAGCCAUGACUACAUCGGCUUCAACAGUAUAGAACAAGGGACUCAUGAUGUUGGGGAAUCAGUUUCACAAAGACUCCAAGGUAUCAGGGGACACGUGGUUACACUAGCAAGGGAUCAGUAUGGUUGUCGUUUUCUUCAGGCCAUGAUUGAUGAUGGCAUUCCCCAAGAAGUUGACAUGAUCCUCGACGAGGUGGAGGAUCACACACACGAGCUUAUGACCCAUCACUUUGGUAAUUAUCUAAUUGAGAAGUUCUUCACAUCAGGAAAGCUCACUUUUUUUCAAUUUCAAAGGAUUCUGCGUUAUGUAAUCAUGGACGUGCAGCAGCUCAAGCAUACCUGCAUGAACGACCACGGAACUAGGGUAGCACAGAAGAUGUUAACAAGUCUGAGAGAUCCAGUGCAGAUUGCUUGUACUGUUGGAAGACUUAUGUACAUCACUGUGCCACUGCUGAAGAAUGCUAAUGGCGGUUAUGUCAUUCAACAGUGCGUGAGAGUUUUCACAGAAUCGUGUCAAAAGGUUAUUUUUGAUGAAAUAGCAAGGAACUGUGUAGAUGUUGCAACAGAUAAAAAUGGGUGUUCUGUAAUUCAGAAAUGUAUGGCCUAUGGCGAGGGAGUCCCCAUACUGCGUCUAGUUGAAAGCAUAAUAUUAAACUCAGGAAUACUCUCAGCAGAUCCAUUUGGAAACUAUGUGGUGCAGUAUAUAAUUAAAAGGAAUAUACUAGAGCCACCUGUAACUAAAAGGAUAGUACAACAUCUUCGCGGUCGCUAUGCUGAACUCUCUAUGAACAGGCAUGCGAGCCAUGUAAUAGAGGUACUGUUUAGACAUUCUGAACCCAUCGAUGUUGCCAUUAUAAUCAUGGAGCUCGUCAACAGCCCCGACUUUGUCAAUGUCCUUCGACAUCCUUAUGGGAAUUAUGUUGCUCAGAGAGCAUUGCAAUUUUCCACGGGACUUACGCAUAGAACGCUUGUACAUACAAUUUUGUCAAAUUACGCAUAUCUGCAUGCCCAUCCCUACGGUAAAAGGGUCCUAACAUUUAUCAAAGGAAUCAGGCGGGGUAUGCACGGAAUGGAUUUAUAAUGUACCACAUGUAUGUUGUGUUUAGAGUUCGUUUAGGAAAUUUUAAAAGUUAUUUUUUUUAGUUAUUGACUUAGGAAAAGUAAUAGUAUUAGUAAUAGUAUUAAUGUCUGAUGCAAUUUUUAAAAUCAAAUUGUAGCUUUCUGAAAAACUAUUUAAAUGUUUAUAGAAAAGUUAAAAAAAAAAAAACUUUUCUCAUCUUUUGAGUUCUACAUCUAGAGUAGCAUCUAAAAUCAUGAUGAACUCAUGCACGCAUAGACGCACUGAGUGUAACCUAGAUUGCCCAAUCUUCCGCAGGAAACUAAUGUAGAACGAACUCAU